AUGCUCUUCCGAUCCUCAGCCGCCGCUGCGGUGCGACCUAGCAUCGUUGCCGUCAGCCCCAACAUGGUCAGAAGCUUUGCCGGAACUAGGCACAUCGGCAUCAAGGAGAGCUCUUCCCAUGACCCCGACUACGAGAAGCACAAGGAGGACUCCCUCGCCAAGCAGAAGCAGGGCAAGGCCCACUGGAAGCCGGAGCUGGCCUCGGACAGCGAGGAGUCCGUCAAGGCGGACCGAUCGCACGGCGAGCCCAGCGACGCGGAGGCCAUGAAGCGCCUGCAGGAGCGGACGAAGCAGGCCGCCGAGGAGAAGUCCAAGGCCGGCACCAGCAUGCGGGACGGACUGUAA